AUGGUAGAAAUUCAGUUCCUCCUCGUAAAGCCCGCGCCGGGCACAGAAUCUCGUCGCGCCCGCGAGUUGCGAAACUCAGCCGCACGAUCGCACGCCGCGCGCAUCACCCACAACAGAGCCAGACAGAAGAAGAGAGAUGUCCACGAGGGAGAAGUUGAGGAGGGAGAGACCUUCGAUUGCAGUUGUUGUCACCGUGUAUCGCCCAUAACGACAACCGACAGCAAUGCUUUAUCGCGCUGGAUCGAAACACACGGCGGUGGCGCUAUAUCUCGCCGUUCAUUCGUGCGGGAUCCAGACCACAAUGCCGUCUCCCACAGGCGCUUUUCUCUCGCGGGCGGGGCCCAAGACCAGAAUUUCUUGGGAAUGAUUGUUGGACAGGGUAAACAGGACCCCUUCGCUUCGUACGAAGGCAGUCAACUACCGUGUCGAAUGCUUGAAGUUCUUGAGCAUGCCUACGAAGUUGUCUGGCCAAAGAUGGUCCAGGCCGAGGACAAGCAGCUAGCGGCGACGAAGAAAUCCUGGAGACAAGCCGCGGUGCAAUAUCCAUUUCUUUUCCACUGCCAGGUCAUGGGCGCUGCCGGGGCGGCAUUGAGCCUCUGCCAGGAUGAAGGGGUAGCCAAGUAUCUCUCCCUCAAGCGACUGGAGCACCAGAUGACGGCUAUCAAGCUCAUCCGGGAAGAGCUCCAGCUGAUCAACAGUGGAUUGUCGGAGCCGUCAGAUGAACUGGUCAUGGCAAUCCUGAAUCUCGUCACCUCGUCAGGUGAUGUCAACGAGUCACCUGGAGAGGAGGUACAUCCAAAGUCGCCGCUCGCACAGGCCCAACCGGUUGGAAGGGUCAAGUUGAACGAUACGCAUCUUCAAGCCGUACAUAUGCUCAUCCGACGCAAAGGAGGACUGCAGGGGCUGAGUUCAUAUGCUCUGGCCUACAUGAUCGAGGUUGUCGACAUCUAUGUGGCUGCUCUGAGGACCAGCCGUCCGCUUUACCCUUGGAUCCACGGGCCCCAGGAUCUGGUCGCCAAGGGUAAGUGGACACCAGAUCAGCAUGCGGAGGGGCUCUCAAAGGUCCUGGGCUCCGGGUUGGCGGUGCUGGCAGCCAUCGACAUCAGAGUACAUCGGCUGUACCUCGAAGCCUGUAACAUCACCAUAGCCCUAGACCAGUAUCACCGAGGCGCGGAAGGUCGACCCUCCUUAGCCGAUCUCGUGGACGCGAGGAACAAGACCCAGCACGGAUUCUCGAGUCUGACUCCGGCAGAAGAGACGGACACGGGCGCCUUCGAAGUCCUUUACGAGAUCUGUAGACUUGCGGGUUUGAUUUUCUGCGAGAUGGUGAUCCUGCCUCUCCCCUACAACAGCGGCGUCAAACCUCGCCUCUCCCGUCAACUUCGUAUCACCUUGGAGACUCCUAGUCUGCGCCCCUUUUGGAAAUCGACCAGCUACGGAGAACUGGUCAUGUGGGUUGUCUUCAUGGGAACGAUCGGGGCCACAUUCACCAAGUCUCGGGCAUGGUAUUUGCAGCAACUGCGAGGCUUGGUCGACGAUCGACAGUUGGAUUGGGACGGAUUCAAAAGGCUCAUGGAGAGAUUUCUCUGGUGGGAUUUUGUGUUUGAAGUCCCUGCCGCCAGGAUGUGGAGGGAAAUGAAUGCAACGAAAUUGUGA